AAUGACAAAGGAAUUCAUUGAGAUGGCAUAGUCUAGGAAGCGAGACCAUGGUGCAAAAGAAGAAGAGCUGUCCUCGCUUACUUGAUUACCUUGUGAUUAUUGGAGCCAGGCAACCAAGCAGUGAUAGUGUGGCACAGACACCUGAACUACUGCGCCGUUACCCCCUGGAAGACCACACUGAUUUCCCACUGCCUCCAGAUGUAGUCUUUUUCUGCCAGCCGGAAGGAUGCUUAAGCGUGCGGCAGAAGCGGAUGAGCUUGAGAGAUGAUACUUCCUUUGUCUUCAUGCUCACAGAUAAAGAUUCAGGCAUCACUCGCUAUGGGAUAUGCGUUAACUUCUAUCGGUCCUUCCAGAAGCGUAUUUCCAAGGAGAAGGGUGAAGGCAGUGGUGGACAUCGUGUCCGAGAUGGACAGAAGGCACCCAAAUCUGGGGAUGCUUCCACUGUGCAAGAAGAAAGAGCUAAUGAAAGUUUGGAGAGCAGUGUCUCUCUGCAGCCACAGAGCACAGAGUCAGUUCCUGAUACAAACCGAUCGCCUCGGAGUAAACCAUCAGCAAAAGGCACUCAUCGUUCUCGUAACAGUACCUUGACCUCACUCUGCAUUCUUAGUCACUAUCCCUUUUUUUCUACCUUUCGUGAAUGUCUGUACACUCUGAAGAAGCUGGUGGACUGCUGCAGUGAAAGGCUCUUAGGCAAGAAGCUGGCAAUCCCUCGAGGAGUGCAGAGGGACACCAUGUGGCGGAUUUUCACAGGCUCACUGCUUGUGGAGGAGAAAUCUAGUGCUUUGUUACAUGAUUUGCGUGAAACCGAGGCUUGGAUUUAUCGGCUUCUUCGCUCACCUGUGCCAGUUGCUGGCCAGAAGCGUGUGGAUGUGGAAGUCUUACCUCAUGAAUUGCAGCCAGCUUUGACGUUUGCCCUCCCUGACCCUUCCCGCUUUUCUCUGGUGGAUUUCCCUUUGCAUUUGCCCUUGGAGCUGCUAGGUGUGGAUGCCUGCUUGCAAGUACUCUCCUGCAUUCUUCUGGAACAUAAGGUAGUACUGCAGUCUCGCGAUUACAAUGCUCUAUCCAUGUCUGUGAUGGCAUUUGUGUCUAUGAUCUAUCCAUUGGAAUACAUGUUCCCCGUGAUUCCUCUCCUUCCUACCUGCAUGGCUUCUGCAGAACAGCUACUUCUAGCCCCAACACCUUAUAUUAUUGGAGUCCCAGCAAGCUUCUUCCUUUAUAAACUAGACUUUAAAAUGCCAGAUGAUGUAUGGCUGGUGGAUCUAGACACCAACAAGGUCAUUGUUCCUACAAAUGCCGAAUUACUGCCGAAUUUGCCAGAACCAGAAAUUUUAGAACUGAAAAAGCAUCUGAAGCAGACUCUGAUUAGCAUGUCUGCAAUCACUCGGCAACAACUGCUCACGCCUGAAAAAAAGGCUUUGGCCAGCAUGAGUUUGAAUACCCAGCCUAUUCUUAACCUAGAAAAGUUUCAUGAAAGUCAAGAAAUCCCAUUGCUUCUGGGAAGACCGCAGAAUGACCCGCAAUCCACACCGUCCACAGAGUUCAACCCACUAAUCUAUGGCAAUGAUGUAGAUUCAGUGGAUGUAGCCACUAGGGUUGCUAUGGUGAGAUUCUUCAAUUCACCAAAUGUUUUACAAGGAUUCCAGAUGCAUACCCGCACACUUCGUCUCUUCCCCCGGCCUGUGGUUGCAUUUCAGGCUAAUUCCUUUUUAGCUUCACGACCAAAACAAACACCCUUUGCAGAAAAAUUGUCCAAGACACAGGCGGUAGAAUACUUUGGGGAGUGGUCUCUCAAUCCCACUAAUUAUGCUUUCCAAAGAAUCCACAACAAUAUGUUUGACCCAGCUCUGAUUGGUGAUAAGCCAAAGUGGUAUGCUCAUCAACUGCAGCCAAUCCAUUAUCGUGUCUAUGACAGCAAUUCUCAGCUAGCUGAAGCAAUGAAUGUCCCAGCUGAUAGAGAAACAGAUUCAGAUCCUACUGAUGAUAGUGGGAGUGAUAGUGUGGACUAUGAUGACUCCAGCUCUUCUUAUUCAUCCCUUGGUGACUUUGUUAGUGAAAUGAUGAAAUGUGAUAUCAAUGGUGAUACUCCAAAUGUGGACCCACUAACUCAUGCAGCUUUGGGUGAUGCAAGUGAAGUGGAGUUUGAUGAUUUCCAGGAGUACUCAGCAGAUAUGGAUGAACAGGCUCCAGACAGUGAGAAUUCUCAAGAUAAUAACCAACCUCGGUCAAGUUCAAGCACUACAGCCAGCAGUAGUCCUAGCACUGUUAUCCAUGGGGUGAAUCAUGUAUGUAAUGGAGUAGAUGGUAAAAGAAACAUAAGGCAUUUAAAGGAGCAAAUAAUUAUAAUUCUGAAAGAGAUUGCAGAACAUUAUGAGAUGAGAGAACCGAUUUGUGGUUUUGGCGUCAGGCUAGAAACUGGGAGACCGCCUCCAAAACCUUUGCGUCCCAAUAGUUUAAAGCUGGGUAAUGACUCUGAUGCAGAAUCGGAUUCGCAUGCCAGUUCCCCAAAUUCUACAGUCUCCAACAACAGCAGUGAAGGUUUUGGGGGUAUUAUGUCUUUUGCCAGUAGCCUGUACAAAAACCACAGCACAAGCUUUAGUCUCUCCAAUUUAGCACUUCCAACCAAAGCUGUGAGAGACAAAACCACUCCAUUUCCUAGUCUGAAAGUAUUUGGGCUAAAUACUAUAAUGGAGAUUAUUACUGAAGCUGGGCCAGUAAGCAAUGAAGGAAACAGGCGAGCACUGGUCGAUCAGAAGUCUUCUGUUAUAAAGCACAGCCCAACAGUGAAAAGGGAAUCUCCUUCACCACAAGGACGAACCAGUAAUUCCAGUGAAAAUCAGCAGUUCUUGAAAGAGGUGGUGCACAAUGUCCUAGAUGGACAAGGAAUUGGUUGGUUAAACAUGAAGAAAGUACGUCGUCUCUUGGAAAGUGAGCAACUCCGUAUGUUUGUAUUAAGUAAGCUUAAUCGCACUAUCCAGUCAGAGGAGGAUGCUCGACAGGAUCUUGUCCAGGAUGUGGAGAUUAACCGAAAGGUUUACAAAGGAAUGCUGGAUUUACUAAAAUGUACAGUAUCAAGCCUUGAGCAGUCAUAUGCAAAUGCUGGACUUGGAGGCAUGGCAAGUGUGUAUGGCUUGCUAGAAAUAGUUCAUACUCAUUACUAUAACAAAGAGCCUGAAAAAAGAAAGCGAAGCCCAAUAGAUGGAGCAAUCACUCCGGUUGGCAAAGAUCCUAUUUUAGCCAGGAGGGUGGAACCGAAACCCAAGGUGCAACUACAAGUACCUCAGCUCAUGCCAAGGGCACCAGGCCUUUCAGGGAAAGGGCCAAGGGAGUUUGACACAAGGAGUUUAAAGGAGGAAAAUUUUGUAGCUUCUAUUGAAUUGUGGAACAAGCACCAGGAAGUGACAAAACAAAAAGCUUUGGAAAAACUGAGGUCAGAAGGUACAAAACACUUUUUUGACUUGGGAGAGACAGAUGAAAAGAAAUCCCAGAUUAGUGCUAACAGUGGUCUAAGCUUAACCUCUAGCUCUCAGAAGAGUGAUCUGGAUUCUGUGGCAAGUGUGGGGCCUGCUGUUAUGAUCCGAAGCACCAGCCAAGAUUCUGAAGUUAGCACAGUGGUGAGCAACAGUUCUGGAGAAACGCUUGGAGCAGAUAGUGACCUAAGCAGCAAUGCUGGCGAUGGCCUUGGUGGAGAGAUUAGUGGAAAUUUAACAGGAUCACGAGGCACCGUCUCAGACAGUGAAAUUGAAACAAAUUCUGCUACUAGUGCUAUAUUUGGCAAAUCUCAGAGUAUGAAAAAAGCAAUAAAAGAUAAUAAAUGCAGCAGCCCUGGAAGAGUUCCAGAAGAUGCAAGUCAACGAGUUUAUCUCUUUGAGGGUCUACUUGGUAAAGAGCGUUCAACUCUGUGGGAUCAGAUGCAGUUCUGGGAAGAUGCUUUUCUGGAUGCUGUGAUGUUAGAAAGAGAAGGGAUGGGAAUGGAUCAGGGGCCUCAAGAGAUGAUUGACAGAUAUUUUUCUUUAGGAGAACACGACCGAAAACGUUUAGAAGAUGAUGAAGACCGUUUAUUGGCUACUUUGCUUCACAAUAUGAUUGCAUACAUGAUUAUGAUGAAGGUGCAGAAGAAUGAUAUUAGGAAGAAAGUACGCCGUUUGAUGGGGAAAUCUCAUAUUGGCUUGGUUCAUAGUCAAGAAAUAAAUGAUACACUUGACAAAAUUGCCAACACAUCUGGCAGGGAGCUCCCCAUCCGACCAAGUGGCAGUAGACAUAUUAAGAAACAAACAUUUGUUGUACAUGCUGGCACAGAUACAACAGGGGACAUAUUCUUCAUGGAGGUAUGCGAUGACUGCAUUGUGUUGAGAAGCAACAUUGGCACUGUGUAUGAACGCUGGUGGUACGAAAAAUUGAUUAAUAUGACAUACUGCCCCAAAACAAAGGUGCUUUGUCUUUGGAGAAGGAAUGGACAGGAAACACAGCUAAAUAAGUUCUACACUAAAAAGUGCCGGGAAUUAUAUUAUUGUGUAAAAGAUAGUAUGGAAAGAGCAGCUGCAAGACAACAGAGCAUAAAGCCAGGGCCUGAACUUGGUGGGGAAUUUCCCGUACAGGAUAUGAAAACUGGUGAAGGAGGCCUUCUCCAAGUCACACUGGAAGGAAUUAAUUUGAAAUUCAUGCAUAGUCAGGUUUUCAUAGAGCUGAAUCACAUUAAAAAGUGCAAUACAGUGCGUGGCGUCUUUGUCCUGGAAGAAUUUGUUCCUGAAACUAAAGAAGUGGUGAGCCACAAGUACAAGACGCCAAUGGCUCAUGAGAUCUGCUAUUCGGUAUUGUGUCUCUUCUCCUAUGUGGCAGCAGUGCGUGGGAAAGAGGUAGAAAGCAAAAGCAAACCACCUCGUCCGGUGUCCAGCUGAUCAAUGUUUUUGUUGGGAAAGGCAUUGCCAUGCAAUUUUCUCCUUUCUUUUGCGGUUAUACAGGCUCACACGAAAACUUUUUGUAUAUGGCCCCAUUCAUUUGAGCAUAUUAGCCUGCAGAUCCACUUUAUGGAAAUCAAACUUUCAUAAGCACAUUCAGGCCUGUGCUUAGGAUAUUCUUCUAAGCAGUUGCAUUCUGUUUAUCACCUUCUCUUUUGUAUCUAGUUUGUCGAGAUGGCUCACAUGACAUUCCCUUAUUUUUAUUGGCAGUUAUAUAUGGUUUAUUUAAUUGAUAAGCAUAUGUCUUUUGUUUCAGAUUUUUUUAUUGUGUGCAUUGUGCAAGCCACUGACUCUUGCCUGGAUCACCCACUGGUGCUGUUGUUCAGAUGCUUACUUUUAUUUCCUUGUUUUUCCAUGUCUAAGUUGUCAUUAGAGAAUCCUGGUCAAUAGCCCUUUUGUAGACUUCUUCAACCCUUUCCCCAUCAAGGGUUGGAAUAUAUGUAUAUUUUCUGUCAUUGUGUCAUCAAAGGAAUGGCUAAAGAUCAUAAUGCAGGGGUGAUUAAAUAGUGAUCUAAUGAUCAGUAUGCAUGUACUGUACAUACUAUUUUAAACAGAAGACAACAAUUUUGCUGACAUUCCAGUUCAGUUCACUAGUAUAUACUCAUAGACAUAAAUAGAUUUCUUUAUGAUAAGUGUAUAGAAUUAAAUGAGGACAGGAGAAAAGCCACCAAAACCAAGACAGUAUGAUUGGCUUGAAUGUAUGAGAUAUUCAUGUGAAGCCUGAGUGUGUGCAGUGUACUGUUAGAGAUACAUCCAGUUAUUUAAAAGUUGUAAGCAUGCACAAAUGUAUCAGUAGCACUGUAUCUUCUCAUUUUACGUCUCCCUUUAGCUACGGCUUUUGUCAGUCUAUUAAUGUUUAUUUUUAAAAAGCAAAAAAUGUCACUGUGUAAUGAAUUUUCCUUUUCUGGUAAAUUUCCAUUUGACAAUUGUUGAGUAGGAUGAAAAAUAAAUGAAUUGUCUUUCUACUUUUCAUGGACUACACUGGAUUCUAAUGCAAAAAUACACCAAGGUACUUGAAGGAGAAAAUUUACAGUAGGGAAGAAACUGCAGAACAUCUGGCAGACUUCUCUGGCUAAUGUUAAAGUACCACAGAAGUGAUAACAUUUCUUGGCAACAUGCCUUUAGGAAUGUUCAGCUUGUUCUGCACAGUUUAAUCUGUAUGACUGCACUAUAAAGGGUGGGAGGGGGGAAGAAAUGUACAUAUUUCAGUACCACAUAUAUUUAUAGAAAAGUGUACAGUUGUCUGAAUGUUA